GGAGGGAUGGGGAGCGAGGGAGGGAAACUCCGAUCUCUUAUUGAGAAGGCCACGCAUUCGACCUCCCGAGAAGUGGAUGUCUCCAUCCUAAGGUCGAUAAAGCACAUGGUUCGAUCCUCAGAUGAUAAUGCCCGUGCCGCUGCUGAAGCGCUACUGGAGAUCAUGAAGAAAAACCACUCUCAGGUAAGGUAUCUAGCACUUCUCAUAGUAGAUGAGUUAUUUAUGCGCUCCAAGCUCUUCAGAUCCUGUGUUGUGGUUGACUUCAAUCAGUUCUUGAGCUUGAGUGUGGGUUUUAGAAGAAGUUGCCCCCUUCCUCCUCCGCUAAAUGUUGCUUCAACUCUCCGGGCAAAGUCCUUAGAAUUUUUAGAGAAAUGGAACAAUUCAUUUGGACUUCACUACAGACAGCUUCGGUUGGGGCUUGAUUAUCUGAAGAAUACAUUACAUUUCCACUUUCCUAAUGUGCGAGAAAGAGCAGCUAGAUCGCAACAAGAAAGAAGGGAGAGGGAAGCAAGGUCACAGGAGAUUUUAAGAACUAAAUUUGAAAAUUUGAGGAACAAUUACUCAUCGAUAACUGAAGAAAUACAAAGUGCAAUAGUUGAGAUGGAAGAAUGCAUGCAUCUUCUUCAUGUCUCAAAGGUGGAAGAUGGAGAUGAAUUUACUGAUUUUCCUCACGAUACAGUUGAAGAAUUUGGAUCUCUCAACUUGAGAAAGAUUCGACUUGAUUCAAUAAAAGAGGGUAAAAGGAUUUGUGAAGACAGUGAUAAUAGACCAAUUUUUGAUGCUUUAAGAGAAUUAUACAAGGUUCUGAUAUUAAGGCAUUUGAAGACUGUGCAAGAAUGGUUAUCUGUUCUUGUACGAGUUGAUGGGGUGGAUGCUAGGUUCAGAGAUUCUGCUUUGAAGCAGUUCAUUGAUGUAAGAAAUUGUAUGCAGACAAUGAAGAAGAAGUGUGAAGAACUAGGCUGUGUUCUUCCUGAUGUUUCUGAUGUGGAAGAUGGAAUUCUGUGGGAAGAGGGCAAGAUAAAGGCCGAUUCACCUGAGGUUGAAACUGAAACAAACAGGUUACCUGAGAACUCAUAUGGUAGUCCUGCUAAAGAAGACAUGGUUAGAGAAGAAGCUGCUAAUGUUCCCAAAGAUUCUAAUGAUGAAACGCUGAAGGAGAAAGGGGAAACAUCUGACUCCACUAGGAAGAGACUAUUGGAUGAAGCUCCAGUUGUAAAGUGGGGCUCGUAUUUGGACAACUGGGGUACGAAGCGUGAUUUCCUUGCUAAUCAGAGGGGGUUGGAGGUUGAAGGUCACUGGGGUAGGGUUGACUAUGAUGCAACUAUUCCUGCAGAGAAAAUUGCAGAAUUGAGUGUUCAAGCUACAGUCUACAAGGAGGAACAAGUCCAAAUUCAACCAUGCCUUGCUCCAUUGAAGAAAGGGGGCCUUUGCCAGAGGCAGGACCUGAAAGUCUGCCCAUUUCAUGGACCUAUUAUCCCUCGAGAUUCUGAAGGGAACCCCUUGGAACUUGACCAAUCAAAAGGCGAUCCCAUCAGUGACGGAGAAGGAACAUCUAGAGAAGAAAGUCCUCUGCCAGUGAACAUUACACCUGAACAAAUUGCACGGCAAGCAGUGAAAAAUGUGAGAAAGAAAGACAAAGAAAAAGAGAGAGAAAAACAAAAUCAGCAGGCCCAUAAGCGUGAAAAACUUGCAAAAGUACGAGAACACAAUGCAGCAGUUCUAAGAGAGUUAGCUAUGGCUUCAACCUCCCAAGGAUUGGGUGAAUCUCUUGGAGAAGAUAUAGAAGGUUUCAGUCAUAAUGUCGCGAAUCAGAAAAGCAAGAAGGAAACACUAGCUUCAAUGCUGCGUAAGAAAACAACCAGAAGAGAUCGUUUAGCACAGCGGCUUCUGAAUUCACAAGCAACAGAUGCAACUAUCAGGCAGAUGACUGAAGCAGAUGAUGUGAGUUACAGAGAAGCAUACCCAAAUCAGUGGUAAACCAUCUUCAGGGUGAUGAGGAUGAUGAUGGUGAUGUGGUUAUUACACAAGAAACUCGGAUGCCACGGGUGAUGAAGAAUGGCCCCCCUUGACAAAUGUAAGGAUGAUAAAGUUCAUGUGGUCAGCAGAAGGUUCUCAGUAAGUGAUGAAUGGCCAAAGACAGUGCCAUUUCUGAGAUGUACAGAUGCACAUUUUUGUUGCAUGGGAUGAUUUAUGAUAUGAUGGCAUCCUGAUGACUCAGGUGCUUUAUAAGCUGCAAAAUUGCAAAUAACAGUUCAAAAUAGCAGUCUUUCUGUUCACAUUAAGAUACUUUGAGUUGGAAAGGAAAAGGCUAGUCAGAAGCUAAACGGAGUGAAACAUAUUUGAUCACCACUUAGUAUAAAAUGCCUCGCAGAAUUCUGAUGCGCUCGUGCACAUAAGCAGAGACAUUCAGAACCAUAUAAAGACUUGCAGGACAUUGUUCUCCCUUUCCACGUAAUUGCAGUCUGUUGUGUACUAUGUACUUCAGAUCAUCUUUCGAGUUCUGAUGUCUGCUUGCAUUCAUAUCCACUCAAGCUGGUUAUGGUCUGGUGGAUAGAUAUACAUGGUCAGGAAAUCAUAAGAAUGUUGCAUGUCAAAUAUAUGUCAGAUGGAGUGAUGGUUGAAAUACUAGUAGAGUUGAUUGAUGUGCAGAGAGUAGAGAUCGAACUGCCAUUUGGAUGCUACCAUGUACAGAAAGGAGUUUCUUUUUUCCUCCUCCUUUUUGCUUUUGAAUAUCAGGAAAAUAUUACAGGAUACUAGAA